AUGGUUCAUACAACAUCAAAAAUUGCAGCACUUGCAAAAUUGGGGAAAGUCACUUGUGCACGUAAACUGUUCGAUGAAAUGCCCCAAAGAGACACAGUCGUCUGGAACACAAUGCUCACUUCUUAUACUCAUCUUGGUCUUUUCCAAGAAGCUCUGUUACUGUUCCACGAAAUGACAGGGAUUAACAGCAUCAAACCUGAUCAUUACUCAUUUACUGCAACUUUGAGUGCAUGUGCUGGCUCAGGUCAUGCUCGACAUGGGAAUGUCAAUUCUUGUGUUGAUUUGUUCAAGAGGAUGAUGACUGAAUCAUGUGAUCAAAUUCAAGAUCAAUGGACAUUCAGUGCCCUCAUGAAUGCUGCUACUGAAUCACAAGAAUAUCACAUUGGUUGCAUGUUUCAUGCUAUUGUCAUCAAGAAAGGAUGGAAUUCAGCAGUUGAAGCAAACAACUCGAUUCUUAGCUUCUAUGCACAUCUAAGUAGUCCAGAAGAUGUACUAAAAAUCUUUGAGUCCAUUCACACUCUCACUCAAGUUUCUUGGAAUGCAAUAAUAGACGCGCAUAUGAAAAUAGGAAAUACCCAAAAAGCCCUUAUUGCAUUUCACAACGCCCCUGAAAAAAACGUUAUUUCAUGGACUUCAAUGAUAUCAGGGUAUGUUAGAAACGGAAAUUCCGAAGAAGGGAUACGUUUUUUUGUCAAUAUGAUAAGAUCCAACCUCCUUCCUGAUGAUUUUUCUUUAGGAACAGUUCUUCAUGCUUGUUCUCUCAUGGCAACAUUAGGUCAUGGAAAAAUGAUUCAUAGUCUUGCAAUUCGACAUGGAUAUCAUUCUUAUGCUUAUGUUGGAAAUGGAUUGGUUAACAUGUAUGCAAAAUGUGGAGAUAUUUUUAGUUCUUUCCAAUCUUUUAAUGAUAUAAUCGAAAAAGAUUUGGUUUCAUGGAAUACAAUGUUGAUUUCUUAUGGUCUACAUGGAUGGGGUGAUAAAGCCCUAGAGAUUUAUGACAAAAUAAUAGAAUCUAAUUUGAAACCAGAUAAUGUGACAUUCAUAAGCUUACUAAUGACAUGUAGCCAUUUAGGGUUUGUUGAAAAAGGACGAGAUUUUUUUCAAUCGAUGAGUGGGGUCCAUGGGUUGUGUCCUGAGGUAGAACAUGUGGCAUGCAUGGUGGAUAUGUUGGCUCGAGGAGGGGAGUUGGAAGAAGCAAGAGAGAUGGUGGAAAGUUACAGAAGGACACAUGGUGAAAUGGGGAAGUCGAGUGAGGGUGUUUUUGGAGCUUGUUAUGCACAUGGUGAAUUAGAGAUGUUGGAAGGUGAAAGUGAGAUGAGUUAUGUGGUGCUUUCGAAUUUGUAUUGUGUAAAGGGGAAGUGGAAAGAAGCUGAGAUGGUUAGAAAAGUUAUGGCUGAUGAAGGGGUGAAGAAGAUGCCUGGUUGUAGUUGGAUUGAAGUAAAAAACAAGGUGGUGGCUUUUGUUGCUGGUGGGAGUGACAAUGAAGACAUGUCUUCUAUUAUAUGCUUGCUUGAAUAUCAAUUGAAGAAUCCAUGGUGA